AUGGACAUCGGUGACUACGACGACGACUUCCCAGACGUGCGCCCCGGCUUAGCUAGCAUCGUUAGCCCUAGCCUGACCUCUACGUUCGUGCCCAGCCAGAGCGCGACCAGCACCGAAACGCGGAGCGCAAGCCCACCCUCCAGCACCUCCUCGCAUAAAAGUUUCCCUAAAAUAUUUCAGACAUUUAGGAAAGACAUGUCUGAAAUGAGUAUAGAUAGAAAUAUUCAUCACAAUUUGUCUCCAGGAAUUCCAAUAUCAGUACAAACAGAAGAAAGCUGGCUCCAAGAUUUGUCUGAUAAAGUGCAAUCGAGGAAGAACGCCUCUAAAGAGAAAGCUGAACCUGAAUGUCUGGCAUCUAAAUUAAGAGAAAAAUGGGUAAUUAAUCCAGAAGAGUCGAAACUAAAUAUUUUAUAUGAGCUGGAGUUUAAAGAAGACUUCCUAACACUGUUCGAGCCUUCUCUAAGAACGUUAGCCAGCAUCGGACCACCAUCCAUUCUGGCAUACAAAGAAGAGAGCUCCAAUUUAGGCAUUAACUUCAAGGACGAAGAGGAGGAGACAUCACCCAAAUGUGAAUUUUGUGGCAGCGAUCUAAGAGCAUUUUUUUCUAAUGUGGAUGUUUCCUCUGAACCAAAAGGGCAUGCCUCCUGUUGUAUUGCUUUCCAAAAUCUGAUUGACUAUAUCUAUGAGGAGCGAAUAAAAACCAAACCCCCUAAAGCUGAAUUAAUUGCUAUUGGCCCUCAUGCAGCCCAUGGCAGUGAGGUCGACAGACUCAAGGCAAAAGAAAAAGCCCUGCAAAGGAAACAGGAACAACGAAUGGCCAGACAUUUUGCUAUAAUAUCAAGGGAACAGACUCAUUUCUCUGAAGAUGAUUCAAAGCGCUUAAAAACAAUUUCUUAUCAACUUUCUGUGGAUAUUCCAGAAAAGCAGACAAUUGAUGACAUUGUAUUUGAUUUUCAACUAAGAAACAGUAACAUGUCCAUCAUUUGUUGUGAUUCUCGGACAGCAUGUGGAAAGGUUGUCGGGAAUGAGCUCUUAGAGAAGCACUACAAACAUGGGAGCAAGUUUCUGACUUCAUUUCCAGAUGGGACAACACAAAUAUUCUAUCCAUCUGGAAACCUAGCCAUCAUUCGAGUGCCCAACAAGGUAAAUGGUUUCACUUGUAUAGUCCAAGAAGAUAUGCCCACUAACCCUGCUAUCCUAGCAGUGCUGGAUUCCUCUGGCAGAAGUUCCUGCUAUCAUCCCAAUGGAAAUGUCUGGGUAUACCUCAAUAUCUUGGGAGGUCAAUAUUCAGAUCAAGCCGGGAACAGAAUAAGAGCUUGGAAUUGGUCAAAUUCCAUCACUUCCUCACCCUUUGUUUCAUUUAAACCUGUCUUUCUGGCUUUGAACCGUUAUAUUGGAGUCCGCAUCUUAGAACAAGACAAGAUUUCUAUAACUUUUCUAGCAAUGGGCCAACAGGCAAGAAUCAGUGUUGGAACCAAAGUGAAGCUGCAAGCAGACAACACCAGCCUUGAAUCAUCAAAAGCUGUGAGAGAGCGGGGAGAGCAGAGGCCAAAGAAGGGUAACGGAGAGAUUAAUUUGGAAUGGCUUCCUGGAGGUUGGGGCACAUUUAGGAGCAGGAAAGGGAGUUUUAGUUUUCCCCAGUCCUACCUUCUCUGAGGAGAACUGCCAUUCUCAGUGCCUUCCCAGUGAGCACCCAGCCUUCAGACCAGCACUCACCCUACCUCCCCCACUGGGCACUUUCCAGGCAAGGGACUGUGUCUGAGGCAUCUUUGUGAUUCCCUCAGUAGGUGCUGGUUAAAUUACUUGAAUACAUUAUAGGCUUUUGAAGGUAUCCAGAUUCCAUUUGGUCUCUCAAGUCUCCACAGCGUUUCAGCUCUUUCCUCAUUCAGAUUAGAAUAACUCCACCACCCCUGCUUAUGGAUGAAUUAGAGUGGACCCUCAUCGGGGAAUCCAACCCCACAUAAGUGCCAUGACUCAGCUCCUCCCACCUCCCCAGUUCCACU